GAAUCGCUGGAUGAGGUGACGGUAAAGGACAUGCUAGAGGGAGACAAUAUGUAUACCUGCUCAAAGUGCCAGAAGAAAGUGCGUGCUGAGAAACGGGCAUGUUUCAAGAGGUUACCGAGGAUCCUGUGCUUCAACACCAUGCGGUAUACGUUUAAUAUGGUGACCAUGAUGAAGGAGAAAGUGAACACCCACUUCUCAUUCCCCUUGUGUUUGGACAUGUCUCAGUACAUGGAGAAAACUCUCAUGGGACCAGACAAACUCAAAGUGGAUGAUGAUGAGGAUGAGCGACUACAGAUGCUGGAGAUGGAGGAUGAUGAAGAUGAAGGCUAUGAUUACGAGCUGACAGGUGUGACUGUUCACACAGGGACAGCUGAUGGGGGCCAUUAUUACAGCUUCAUACGUGACCGAAUGCACACAACUGACAACGGCCAGGAUAAAUGGUACCUGUUCAAUGAUGCAGAGGUGAAGCCAUUUGAUCCAAGUCAGAUUGCUACAGAGUGCUUUGGGGGAGAGAUGACGAGUAAAACUUAUGAUUCAGUGACCGACAAGUUCAUGGAUUUUUCAUUUGAAAAGACAAAUAGUGCUUACAUGCUGUUCUAUGAGAGAUGUCCAGCAAAGAAAGACACUGAGGAGCCGAAUAAGUUGUUAGAGGUUGAACCCGUCCAAAAGUUCAAUUUUGAACUGUCAAAAGAAUUGGCUGAGUGGAUUUGGCAGGACAACAUGCAUUUUCUCCAAGACAAGAACAUAUUUGAACACACCUACUUUGGGUAA